GGUAUGUUUUAUUUAUGCGUUAUGAUACUAUAAUCCCUGUAGCUGUAAUAAUCUUUAUUUGUAGAUGACUACAUAUAUCACUGUUCUACCAAAAUAAUUUGUCCUUCCCUAAUCCCAGAUUCUGUUUCCGUAGAUGCAUCCGACUACUUCAAUAGUUCUUUAGAAAAUAUACGAAAUAGAACUCAUUGGAAUGUACCGCAAAUAAUACUAGCCUAUCCAAUUCUCACUUCUCCUCCUAACGUUAAUAACUUUUUCCAAAAACAUGAACAUACCAAUGUAAAUGAAACAUCUAAUGCCAAAGAUCUUCGGAUUAUUACUAAAAACAAUCAGAAAAUGCCCUUAAAGUAUGAUUCUGCAUGCAGCAUGUGUAACACGCAUUUAAGUUUAUGUUCAUUUGAUCAAAGCAACGUUGGAGAAAGAUGCCAAAAUAUGAAUACUGAAACUGUUAAUAAAUUGCAUAUAUCAUCUCUAAAAAUAGAAAAACAAAUUCAGAAUAUAAAUACUGACCUGGAAAAUACUUUUCAGUCACCUGAAAUAAUGUCCUCGCUUUUGGGUAAAUAUUCUGUAAACUCCCCUAAUGUAAAGACAAAUUCAUUAUCUAAUGCUAAUGCACAUUUAUUAAAUAGAGGUAUUGAAUUUGAUAACUUAAAACAAGUCAGCGAUAAAGAUGGACUAAGAAUUCAUAUUUGCAAUCAAAAAAUAGAAAAUACAAACACACAGACGGUUCUUUUAUUUCCUCAGAAGUAUCAGAUACUUAAUAAUCCAGUUAUAAGGAAAAGUAAAAAGUCUACUAAUCUUGUCAAAUAUAAAAAUAUAUGUGAAGAACCUCCCCUUGAAAGGCAAUUAAAUACAUUUAAGAUAUUGGGAAAGUGUAAAGGGUCAUGUGAAACAGAUAAUAUAAAUGUAAUCAAAACAUCGAUAAAAAAUAUGAAUACUACUCAAGCAGAUGUAGUUAAGACUGUGCAUGUAGGACUGCAACACACAUUACCUGCUUCCGAAUACGACAGCGUCGCAGAAAAACUUAUGAUUACCAUUUUUCAGAACUUCAAAAGUUAUAAUGAAUCAAAUAGAAAUGUAAAUAUAAAAGAUUACUUAAAUCAAAUCGUAAAAGAACUCUAUGAUAUAAAAUUGGAACGCUCUGAUGUUCAUCCUGUUAAAAAUUUAUUCAGAUGUCUAUUAGAAUAUUGGCUAAAUAAUACCACACAUUCAAACUUUAACCAAAUAAAUAAAAUUACUAAAUCCAUAGAAAGACAAUCCAAUAAAUAUUUUAUGAAAGAUGAAACGACGUCUAAUUAUAUUGUAAGAAGCGUCGCUAAAUCUAUACAAUUUCAUGGUAUCGAUGAUCUGAUCAAAGAGAAAGUCAACGGAUGUGAUGAAGUAAGCUUUGAAUAUAAUGGUAAGAAAUAUAAAUUACCUACCAAAUCAAUUAAUAAUAGUUUUGAUAAAGAAAAACGCCUUUCAACGAAAAGACGACAAGACCUUGAAAGAAUUUUGAAGAAUACUGUAUGUGUAUGUAAAACAGUAAGCAGUGGUGACAGUAGAGAUAUUGACAUUAAAAUUACUAAAAAAAUGAUCGACAGUCUUGAUUUGAACCUUCAAAAGAUUAUAGACAGGCCUAAUGAACAACCUUAUUUCGAAAAUUCUAGUUCUUCUAUUGAAUUUCCGAAAAUACAGGAAACUAUGAAUCAUCUAAUUAGUGAAACAUCUAUACCGCCUGAUUUUGCCAAAGAAUUUUUAGCAGCAUAUUUAGAUUUAUUACAUGAUAGCGAAAAUAAUCAUGAUAGCCCUUCGUCUUCAGAAGAAAAGUUUAAUGUAUGUGAGCCCAAAUGUGAUGUUCAAGCUGAAUCUAUUCAAAAGAAAGUGUCAAUUAACUUAUCGACCACAAAAAAAUCUAAAGAAAAUGACAAACAAAACAGAGAGCAGCUACUUGACCCUGGUCAGUUAUAUUUGAAAAACGUUUUAGAUAAAAUAACAAUUCACUCUUCAGAUGAAAGAGUCUCAUCAAUUUCUACGACAGUAAAAGAAAAACCACUAAAGGCAAAACCAAUUAGCUUAAAUUUAAGUUUUGUUGACAAGGAUUUUGAUAUCAGUGACUCUAAUAAAAUGUUUCAUCCUAAACUUAUUACCCCAUAUUUAAAAAUUCAAAAUACCAUUGACAUCGACGAUAACGCAAAUUGCAAUAUAAAUCUAAAUCCAUAUAUUAGUAGCGUCGAUAGUUGUCAUAAAGAUAUUCAAAUUAACAAACUCGAAUUGAAACAUUCAUGGAGUGAUGGAACGUCUAAUGCACAUCGUCCGCCAGACUUAUCUUCAAAUUAUACUAAACUAUAUCAUGCGUUCUACGAUGAUGAGAAUUUUAAUCAAACUGGUCUAAAUGAAACACAAUUCGGCGCUAUUGGAAAUAUUAAUACGACCCUUGCUGAUGACUGCAAAUCAUGUUAUAUUAUGUCUCUGAAGGGGACUGUAUUGACAUCGAAGUUAAUGCAUUCGAAAAAUGAUAUAAAAAUGAAUGGUAACGCAGUUAAUGCAGAUGAACAAGAACCUAGUUGUUCUUCUUCGGUAAGAGAUCAUCAAGAGGAAUUAUCGAUUUUUGAAAACAUUCCUAAAUUGAUAGAUGAGAAAUUUAUAUUACAAUUAUUAGAAAAUGUAUGUACCUUAUCCAAAAACUUGCCUACUUUGCACAAAGACAUUAACAGUUUAUAUUUGAAAUUACGAAAAAAGCACGAGAAACUUCUAAUAAUUUGCAACAAAACUCGAGGUUUAGGUCUUUUAGGUAAAAUUUAUCAAAAAGAUAUUGAAGAAACUGGUACGCAAUGCGACUACAAUAUGUGUCCAAAACAAAAGUCAGUAAAUAAUGCUACUAAUACUAGUAAUUAUGAUUUCAAAAAAUCUGCUGUUGAUGUGGCUAUAGGUGAAUCAAAUAUUCACUUAAAUAAGCAGGCAAACUUUGAUGGUAGUAUUGAUGUUAAAGAAAACAAUAUAAAUACAAUAAAAUUAAUGUCUAAAAAUGAAGCUGUCGGUUAUAAUACACAAACUGAAUCUUUACAAUAAACUAUCAAUUCCAAAAACAGAACAAAGCACUUCAAAUAAUAGUUGCUGGCACAAGGCAAUAGUUAAGAAUGCCCUUAACAAAAUCAGCUCUGACAAAUACCGUGUCUGGAGUUCAAGCUUUGAAGAUAGACCGCUGAAGUUAAUAAACGUUGAGAGUUCCGAUCAUGUUGAUAAAGUAGCUAAUAAUAAAAAGAUGGAAUCAUUUGAAGUUGGACAAAAACCGAUUUUAGCAGUAACAGAAUUAUCUCCAUCUUUUAAAAAGAGCACACAUUCUCAGAGUAACAAGAAAAGUAAUUUUUUUAAAGAUUUUGAAUUCUAUCAUUUAUUGGAUCAGUAUCACGACAUCAAAAUGUCUUCUUCAUUGGGAAACAUUGUUGUUUCGAUGGAUUCUGACAGCGGCGAUGAUCUGAAAACUAUAUUCAGAUGUCCUAGCGGUCCUACUUAUUUCUCCGGUUAGUUCCUAUCGUAUAAUUUCCUAAAUUAACAGGCCACCUCAACGUGUUUCUUAGGUGGUCUGUUAAGAAGUUUCAAUUCUUGGCAGUCCAAACAAUUUCGUUACUUUUGUGUUUUUUUUUGUUUAUGUACGUGUGUGUGUUUGUACUAAUCUGCAUGCAUUUUAUAUUUUUAUAUAGUGGGCUGUUUAAAUUGUAGACUAUAAAUAUCUAGUUAUGAGAAUGCUAUUGUUAUAGAUUAGAUGUUCUUCUAGAAAACUCAUUUCGUAUAUCUCCAAUCUUGUAUCAUGGUUGAUUAAUAAAUUUGAAGUAAAUAUUUUACUUGUAUUGGUUGAUUUGAACCAGAGUUUAUAUUGUAACGUUCAUUAUCUUAGCAACCAUGCUACUCCCUACUUCACGCAUUAUCUUCACACCCUUUAAAAUUGAGAAAAGAGGACUUGACAAACAAUCUAUUAUUCAUUUUCUUCAAAACAAAUACCCCGCAAAAAUUUCAAGAUGUCUGUCAUAACAUUAGCGCGUAAAGUUAUGAGAAUUUGAUACUGAUUUCUAAUUUGUUAAGUGUAUGAGGUGAUCAAGUCCUCGUUCCUCUCACACCGCUGGGUGUCUGUACACGCAUGUUCUG